AUGGAUAUCGAAUACAAGCGUAAGCGCGUUGCCAAAGCCUGUCAAAGAUGCAGGUCUAUGAAGUCAAAGUGCGACGGACAUCGGCCAUCGUGCAGCAGAUGUCUGGGUUACGGAUAUACCUGCAUUUACCGCCUACAACGCCCUCGACUACGAACUGGAACAGACGAGCGCUUCAGUGCAGAUAUUUCCGAGAACUUACCGGACUUAUGCGAUGCCAUACACCAGCAAGAAAGCUUACUGGACCAUGUGAUUUCUCUCCUUCCCUCUGGUCCGGAACAAGAGGAAGUCCUCCUGAAGAGGUCGAGCAUCAAAUCACAGAUUGAUGACGCCAUCUCCAGUACGAGAUCUAAUGUUUCACCACGCGCAGUUGCUAGCGAAUCUCCUAGCGCAUCACCUUCUGGUCAUGUCGAUCGGUCACCAGGAUACCUGGGGGAGGUUAGCGACAUUCGAUUUGUGAAUCUGGUGAAGAAGAUUCUGCAGACUCAAGAUGGGACUGCAAUGACGCAAAGGGAUUUUGAGAGUUAUGACCAAGGCGAGAGCCUGGUGUUUUCUGACAAGGUCACAUCUCCGACCAUGCUACUGCCUGUCUUCGAGGAAGCUAAGCGAUACAUCAAUGCGUAUUUCACAACCAUCCAUAUCGCUUAUCCCUUUAUCCCUGAGUCAAUCUUUGUUCAAGAGUACAAGACACAUCGAGACCAUGACACUCCCCAGGCGCGGAACUGUGGCAGCAAUAUCGAGACUGCGCUACUAUAUACGAUUUGUGCCAUUGGUGCUCAUUAUACAACUCUACCUGGCAAGGAUAAUGGCGUAGAUACGCUACAUGAGAAGUUUUUCUCUUGUUGGACCAUACUAGGCCAAGCCGUUCGUGUAGCUCAAAGCAUUGGGCUGCACGUAGCAAGCGAGGAGUCAGAUAGUACACAAUGCGGUCACUCUCCAGAGAUUGAGAAACGACGUCGCGUCUGGUACUCCAUCUAUGUUUUAGAUCGGCUACUUUCACUACAGCUUGGUCGACCUCCAGCUAUCCAUGAUGACGACUUUAACGUCCCGUUACCAACGCGAACGAGUGAUGCCGAGAUUGAUUGGACCGGCGAGGUGGUGGAGGAGAGAACAAGUAAUGGGCCGUCAUCGGGGGACUAUUUUAUUGCACGAAACAUGUUGGCCAUAAAGUAUCAUCAUCUUCGGGCCCUCAUCUACCGCCCGUAUCUAUGUCAUCCGCUACUAAUGCACCUCGGUGACCCCAAUACAUCUUUUAGCCAGUUAGAUUGGCCAUUGAUUCGCACCUACGAGCGAGCAUGCAUUUUGGAAGCUCGCGAGACGGCUCGCUUGCUGCACGGGAUCUCCAGCAAAGAGGAGCUAGUUCAUGGGUUCCCAUGGUGGCAGAUGAUAUCUUGCUUAGUAUGCGCUAGCUCUAUCUUGCUUGUGUCUAGCAUGUUUGCUGAGGCAACGCUUGAGUCGUCUGAGUUCGAUACCGACGGGUUAUCAGAUGACGCAGAAACGUGUCUUAAAGUGUUUGAUGCUCUUAGUAUCAACUCACCAGGAGCGAGGAUAGCCCGUGACAUGAUGAAAGCUUUGAAGGAGUGCGGCGUGAAGUGGAAAGACGCCGGCGGCGGCACCCCCAGAAGUGCUCAGGAUAGUGCAAAAGCAUUAAAUGGCUCUCCGAGGCUUUUAAACCAGGUCCCUAAUCUAAACACGACCUUGAACUCCCUUUAUGACGGUGACUAUGGGCAACAGCUAUCCAUAUCCGGGGGCUCGGUGCAAACAAACUGCUGCUGGCCAGCGGAAAUCGUGGACUCAAUGGCGUGGUCGUCGCAGUUUUUUGAUUUUGGGUCCGAGAGAUUAGGCCACGGAGAUUGA